AUGUCAAACAGUCGAUAUAAGUUAUUAUCCGAAGAUGAGAUAAAGGAAUAUGUUCCAAAUGGUAUCAUGAGAAUCAAGGAUUCAAGUAGACUCAAAAAUGCUUUAAUUUUCAUUUGUGGAAUGGCUUUGUGUUAUGUUAUUUUAUUUCAUGUGAAAAGUGAAAAAGUGAGUUGCGACGAACUUAAAUUCAACUCUACAAAAUCUAUAAUAUUUUCAGAAAAUGGGGAAUUUUAAAUCGUUUAAAGAAAUGCUGAUAAAACCGUUCGUUACUCAAAAAUUCGAAAAUUAUGCAGAUUUUUAUUUUACAAAGUAAGCUUGGAAUAUUUGACAAGCCGGGAUUUAUUUGUUGUUUUUUCAGAGAUGAAUCGCGAUUUUUGAAUUGUUCUCAAAUAACGAAUGGCUCAAAAGAUGCUAUCGAGAGUUAUGUGAACAAUGGAAGAUUGAAACUCGAACGCGAAAAGCUUUUGAAACUUCCAAUGGAUUGUGAAAAUAUUAAAACAAGAAUACGUGGAGAUAUUCCAUCAUUUUCAAAACUCGAAAGACCAAUCGCUUUUGUCAGAAAUAUAUUUACUGUGAGUAUUUGUUAUGUUCUUAAGAAAAAAAAACAUAAUUUUCCAGCUUUAUGAAUUUCAAGAAAGUCUUAUUUCUUUAAAUUAUCAUCCAGAUAAUUCUUAUUGUUUUUCAAUUGAUUUUAAAACAGUUCAUCGACUUUCUGAAAAUAUGCUAUCGCUCUCAAAGUGUCUACCAAAUAUUAUAAUAAACCCGAUGAAAUAUUCAUUUGAUUCGGCGGGUCAUUUUCAAGAUAGAGCUCAUUUUGAUUGUCUCAAAUUGAUUUUGAAUCGAACCUGGUAUCAUACUUUACUCUUACAGGUUAGAAAUUAUUUAUAACUUUUUUUUGAAAAAAAAUGGAAUGUAUUCAGAAUUAUGAUAUAGUUCUCAAAUCAUCUGAACAAUUAUCCGACCUUAGUGAAAUGUUGAAUUAUACAAGUAUUAUGGGUUUGGAAUAUGGAUACAAACACAGAUAUAAAGAAGAUGCAAAUUGGACACCAGCUGGUUUGAAGCUUUUCAAAAAUGGUAAUUCAAAACUUUUUGAAAAAUGAAUAAUAUAGAUAUUUUUUUGCAGAAAAAGGAGUGCCAGAUAGAAUUUUACAUACACCUUUGACAAUUCGUAAAGGACUGAAUGAAGUAUUUUUGUCGAAAACAUUUGUCGAUUCACUUUUCGAUAAAUUGAAUUUGGAUCCAAUAUUGGAUUUAUUCGACAAUAAAGAAUUGUAUGGAGUUGAUGAAAUGUUAAUUCCAACUUUGUAUGAGAAUUAUUUGGGACUUGAAGGACAAAUGACUUCGAAUUGCACAAAAUUACAACUGGAUAAUUUGACAAGACAAACUGAUUGGAAUUUUAAUGGACCUGAUGGAUAUGAUAAGAAUUGUAAAUCAAAAAUGAAGAGACAUUCGAUAUGUAUUAUAGGAGUUGAAUAUUUGCAAGAUUUUUCGAAUAGUAAUCAAAUUUCAGGUGGGAAACAUACUUUUUUAAUUCUAACUUUUCUGACUAAACUGUUUUUUAGCAAACAAAGUUCUUGAUAACUUUGAUUUUGGUCCAAUAAUAUGUUUGCGUCAAAUGAUUCGAGAAGGAGAAACAAAUGGAAUUUCGGAAGAUGCAUUAAAUUGGUCACCACAAUACCGGGAAAUGAAAUUAAAGCAAAAUGGAACUUAUAUUAAAGAAAAAUUUGAAUGUUAG